CGAACAUCACAUGAGAUUGCAGUCUAUACCUAUAGUUAGUGGGAUCCUAUAGUCGUGCGACUUGUGAGAAGAAAAACAUCCUGCCGUAGUGAGAAGUCCCAUUUGGGCGUAUAUAGCACAAUGAAAUUAGGAAUCAGUUUAGGAAUACUUAUAUCAACUUUGGGGAUCCUCCAUUCCAGCGCUCAGCAUAGUCCAACAUGCGCAGGAAAGGAGAUAUAUGUUCCAUAUCCUGGCAAGGAUGAAUCCCAUUACAAGGUAUGUUUCAGUGAGACAGGAGAUCCCAAGGAAUAUGAGUGCCCACCAUCCCUGAAAUUUAAUUCAAUAACAAGAAGCUGUACCCUCAAUUUUGACACUGAACCGAUAACAAAAUGUACUAGUGAGGGAGACGAAUUUCCAGCUCCUGACCCUGAUUGCAAAUUGCGUUAUACAUGUGACUCGGAUCUAAGACCCAGCAGCACACCAACUGCCUGUUCAAAGGAUUAUUUGUUCAACCCCCUUCUACGAGAGUGCGUUCCUGAUACUGAAUAUAUCUGCAGUGAUGACCCACCCGAUUGUUCUCAGGCAAAAUACAAAAAUAGAAAGUGGGUUGACAAAGAAAAUUGUGAAUACUACUACGAAUGCUUUGGAGACACUAUCGCAAGCCUAAAAUGCCCCAGCAAAAUGUACUUUGACGCACACACUCAAUCUUGCUUGCAUAACACCGGUGAUAUAUGCAAAGUUCCUAAUUCCAACUCCGAUUUACUAGUGAACAUUGAGACUAUUUGCAAAGGAAAAGCCAAGGAGUUUGUCCCGGAUCCCUACUAUUGCAAAGCCUACUACUAUUGUGUCGACGAAUCAACCCCAUACUGGACUGCUUGUGCAGAUGGAAGAUACUUUGAGAAAGGAGCUUGUUCUCUAACAAAAGCCAGUAGUUGCACUUGUGAAGAUUUAAAAUGGGAUGGCUCUAGCUCCCCAGUGAAUGUUCCACAUCCUGACAGAACAAAAUAUUAUGAGUGUACCCAAGGCAACGUAGCCAAGGUGAAGACGUGCCCAUCAGGUACUACCUUCAAUACAACGAAGAAAAUGUGUUCCUCAUGAUUUAGAAGAUACAUCGGACGAUCUGCAGUUUCUGUCACGAAGGCCACACAAAUAAAUUAGAAAGGUUUCACAAUUAUCUGAGUUUCUGUAAUCUUGGCAUUCCCUUAGAUAAAUACGGAGUUGCAUAAACUGUUUAAAGUCUUUGUAGCCAUUUUAUUUAGAAAAUAAUUAAAAUAAAAUAAUCAGAUAUUCUGCAUCAA